AAAAGCUGUAGUUUUAACAGUGUACAUACAGACUUUGGAAUGGAUGCUGAAUCCAAGUUCGUAGGCGGGAGCGCGACGGCGAUUAUGGAGAGACAACUUCUUAGUAUGGGGUUUUCUAAAGAACUGGCAUCUCAGGCCCUCACAGCUACCGGCGCCAAAUCAAUUACAGACGCCACCGAUUGGAUUCUCAACGCAAACCAAACUCAUUCCUGUCCCGCCGCAAUCGACCCUAACCCUAACCCUAGCCCUACCGAUACUCACCCUUUCUCCUCUUCCCCUAACCCUAAUCCUAAUCCAUCGCCAUUUCAGCCCAAAAUCAAUCGUUUUUUCCUCUCUCAUUCGAAACCCAAUGAGGUAAUAAAACCAAAGCGACAGAUAACAAUCGAAGAAGACAUUGAUGAAGAAGAAGAAGAACAUGACGUACCUCUUCGCACAAAACGUCCCAAGCAGCAGCAGCAGCAGCAGCAGCAAUCAGAGGCUCCCCCAAAUCAGCCUCUGUCGGAGCGAAUGAGACCUCGAGUGAUCGAUGAAGUUGUGGGACAAGAUCAUCUUCUCUCCGAAAAAUCAUUUAUUCGAUCAUCUGUAGACUGCAAUCGUCUACCUUCUAUCAUCCUCUGGGGUCCUCCCGGUACUGGUAAGACCUCCAUCGCCAGAGCCAUAGUUAAUUCAUGCUCCUCAUCCUACAGAUUCGUUUCUUUAUCUGCCGUAACCGCUGGAGUUAAGGACGUUAGGGACGUUGUAGAAGAAGCCAGAAAAUUGAGAAAGAUGAAGAUAACCAAAAGAACUGUUUUGUUCAUAGACGAAGUCCACAGGUUUAACAAAUCUCAACAAGAUUCCUUCUUACCAGUAAUCGAAGAUGGAACUAUAGUUUUCAUGGGAGCAACUACCGAAAACCCUUCCUUCCACCUGAUAACUCCAUUGUUAUCUCGAUGCAGGGUCCUCACGCUUAAUCCGUUGAAACCUAAUCACAUCUCAUCGCUCAUAAAGCGAGCUAUAGCUGACAAAGAUAAAGGCUUGCUCAUCGGCCUAGUCAAAGGAUUAACAUCAAUUGAAGUAGAUGAAGACGCAAUAGAGUUUCUGUCAUUAAACUGCGACGGAGAUGCCAGAGUCGCACUGAAUGCCUUGGAGAUUUCAACAACAAUGGCAUCUUCUCGUGCUACCGAAUGCAGUUCUAUAUGCAGAAUUGUUGUUGAAGAUGCAAAAGAAGCGAUGCAGAGUAAGCAUCUAGCUUACGACAAAUCUGGCGAAGAACACUACAAUCUGAUAAGCGCUCUUCAUAAGUCAAUGAGAGGAAACGACGCCAAUGCAGCCAUUUACUGGCUGGCAAGAAUGUUGGAAGGAGGAGAACAGCCUCUUUACAUAGCCCGUAGGCUAAUAAGGUUUGCAAGCGAAGAUGUAGGAUUAGCUGAUCCUUCUGCUUUACUUCAGGCUGUCGGUUGUUAUCAGGCUUGCCAUUUUAUAGGUAUGCCCGAAUGCAAUGUUAACCUAGCUCAAUGCGUUGCUUAUUUAGCGUUGGCUCCUAAGUCUGUGAGUGUUUAUCGUGCAAUAAAAUCGGCAAUAACAGUAGUGAGGGACUCGGUUGGACAGAAUGAAGGGGUUCCUCUUCAUAUUAGGAAUGCACCGACUAAGCUAAUGAAGGAACUUGGAUAUGGGAAAGGGUAUAUUUACACUCCUGAUGAUCCAUCAUCCUCUUCAGAGCAGACUUACUUGCCAUCUGCUCUUCAAGGGUAUAAGUUUCUACAGUUGCAGGAGGAGGACAAUAUCAAUGGCUCAUAGAAUGUCAGAUGAAGGUACUCAUCAUGAUUCCUUUUUUUAUGUUUUUUGUAUCCUCUGUUUCUCUAAUGUUGCGGAAUAGAGUUAGGAAAUGAAUGAAUGAAUGAACAGCAGAAACUCCUUUGUUGCUGUUGAUCUUUUAGGAUUUUGGGCUGAUGUAUAGGAAGAACACAGAGGAUUGGUUAUUAUUAGAUAAAAAUGCUUUCUCUUAA